GGAAGGGAGGGGAGGGGCGGGGCGGCGUCAUGGCGCUGCCGGCUCUGGCGAGCUCGGGAGUGAAGUUCCGGCGGGUCCUGGCACAUUUCCCUCAGGAGCUCAGCUUAGCCUUCGCCUAUGGGUCUGGGGUCUUCCGGCAGGCGGGGGCCUCGGCCGGAGACGGCGAGAGCAAUAUGCUGGACUUCACGUUUGCUGUUGAUGAUUCUGUGACCUGGCAUAUGAUGAACUUGUUAAAGAACAGGAGUCAUUAUUCCUUCCUAAAAGUUUUUGGACCAAAACAGAUAAGUAGUAUUCAGAGCUAUGGAGCAGGGAUUUACUACAAUACUUUAGUGCCAUGUAAUGGUAGGAUGAUAAAAUAUGGUGUAAUUAGCACUGAUACCCUGAUUGAUGAUUUAUUUCACUGGAAAUCCCUCUAUGUUGCUGGACGCCUACAAAAACCGGUGAAAAUACUGACACAGAAUGAGAAUAGCAGGCUGCAAGCUGCUCUUGUUAGCAAUCUGAAGAGUGCAGUCACGGCAGCCUUUCUCAUGUUACCAGAAAGUUUCUCUGAAGAAGACCUCUAUAUGCAGAUUGCAGGACUCUCCUAUUCUGGUGAUUUCAGAAUGGUAAUAGGAGAAGACAGAUCAAAAGUGCAGAAUAUAGUAAAACCUAAUGUUCCCCAUUUUCAGAAGCUGUACAGUAACAUAUUACAGGACUGCCCUCAAGUGGUAUAUAAGCACCAUCUGGGAAGGCUAGAGAUUGAUAAAAGUCCUGAAGGUCAAUUUACACAACUAAUGGCUUUGCCAAGGACUCUGCAACAAAAGAUAACUUCUCUGGUAGGCCCUCCUGGGAAGAACAGAGAUGUGGAAGAAAUUUUACUGCAAGUUGCCCAUGACCCUGACUGCGGAAUUGUGGUGCAUCAAGGUAGUAUUUCAGGAAUUGUGAGAUCUUCUAGUGUAGCGCAGAGUGCAAAAACCAUACUAACAGCUGAUUUUCAGCAAUAUAUGGGUUAGCCUUUCAACUCAAAAGGAAAUAAGGAGCACUGCAGCCAGGCAUAUCUACCAGGAAACUUUGGGGGACUUCUAAUACAGCCAAAUUACUAUCUUACAACACUAACACUUCCAAAACAACGAACAUGGAUUGUUAAGCAAAACCAGAUACAACUUAUGUUUACACUGAAAUUUUGUGGUCUUGAUUCCAUGUGCAUUAAGUCUUUGUUCUGUGUCAUAUAGUGGAAAAAUCUAAAGCGGAGGUGGAACCACUAAGUCAUAUAUUCAUAGCUAAAGUAGAAAGACAUUUUCGUGUGGUCCAAUUGCUUCAGAUUCUAAGCCUGAGCCAUAAUUACAACCAUUAACUUUUACUACAGAUGUGACUCAUUGCCCUGAGGGCUGCUUUAAGAAACCAGCCAUAGGUAUAAACCUGUAUUUUGCUUUGUAGCAUGAUGUGCUAGGACAGAAAUGUAAGCAUCUUAUUACGUAAAGCUCUAGUGGGUGGAGUUUGGUAGAGUGCUUGCUGCAGGGAUAAAAUAUGAAGGAGAAAAAUCUCUUUAUGCUGGAUUGCUACAAGAGGCAGAGUAGGUUGGCAAGCCAAUAGAACAAGCUGACUUUGCAGGCUGCAGUGCCAGUGCAGUUAAUGAGAGUCCUGCAGGGCUGUAUCAGCUGUAUUACUGUUGAUUUGCCACAUACUAUACUGCACUUCCAGGAGUACCCCGACUUCAUUGGAAUGGCAGAACAAUAUCGAUUCUAGGCAGAGCAGUUUCAGUAUUUGAGGGGCUGUAUCUUAGAAGUAUAGUACCUAGGAGAUUAGACAGUGAUUUUCAAAGCCAUACAGUUACAUAGUUUUAACUUUGGAAAGUGGAACACUUCUUUAAUUUGUGCGCUAUGCCUGAGGUCAGUCAGGCCUUGUUCUACAACUGGAAUUCUUACACUGUGUGCAAUUUUAAUGCAGAUAUGUGAGGCGCUUCAGAAUUUACGUAAUUAUUUUCUUGUUAUUUGAGACACUGCAAAGAAAAAGCCAGUCAUGACUUCAUUAGCGUGCUUGCUUUUAGCAAAACUCUAUUAAAAAUAGAAGAAAAGUUUGAGCUUACAAAUGGGAUACACAUGGUUUUGUAAGUUGAAAAUACAUGUAUGGAUUUACCUUACAAAAGGUAAAGUUGAGUUAAUUGCUAUUGGAGACACAAGAAAUGCAAAACUGAUUAUAUACAGUAUGUUUAUUAUUAUAGGCUUUUUACUCUCCACCACAUCCUUCAGAAAUAGAGCAUGCACUUUUCCUUAUUGUACAUUCAUUUGACUUCUGGUGACUCUAGACUGCUAAUACUGAAAGAAUCUUUUGCUUAAAGUAUUUUAUCCUCAUUUGAUGACUUUCUAAGGUCUUCUUAAAAUGAAAUAUUAUCAUACCGUUUUUCUCCCCACCCACCAGAAGUCCAAUGCAGUACACGGCUAAACCCAGGUCUAAGUUGCUCAUUUGUUCCAGAAGAUCUUUCCUUGUGUUCUAGUGUGUCAUACUGUGUGACUUUUGGCUAAAUUGCUUCUGUGUACUUUUAGUUAAUCUUGUCAGGUAAACAGGGCUCUAUUAAAUAAACAUAAGAAAUAUUGUAGUAAGUAUAACAUACCAUAACAUAACAUGCAUAACAUAACAUACUUUUAAACCUGGGCAUGUAAGUGUCAAAAUUAAACCUUUUCAUGCAGCAUUAAAAACUUGCCUUUUCAGUUUUGAAGUCGUAAGGAUGUGAUUAGACUCUAUUGUAAUCUGAAAAGUUACUUUGUGUUUUAUGUUGGUGGGGUUUUUUUUUUUUUUUUUUUUCUUUUGGAGUGGGUAUUUUUUUUAAUCAAAGAAAGCUGGAAGGAGUUAAAAUAAGUAGCUCCACUGGCUAGGAUCUCAGAACCCCACUGGAAUGCCAAGACUAUUUUGUUUCUUGGUUUGCAAAUAUUGGAUGACUAAACCCAGCAAAAGGCUGUGUCUUUUUUUACUCUAGGUCUGUAAGAGAAGGCUCACAUCUGGCAGAACUUCAGAAAGUAUUUAACUCUAGGGGUACACUUAACAAAUUGUGUAGGAGUCUUCCUCAAUCCCUUCAUAUCUAAAACUUGUAAAAUGUUGGAGGCAAUGACUGCAGUAAAAUCCUUCUGAAAAUUGAGAAAUGCCUGCCUUCACUGUAGCCUAGCGUAAAGUUCAGUACCUGUGGGCUACUGCAGGAUGAUGCUAGAGUAUGACGGCUAUUCUGGCUUCAUAUGAGGCUUAUUAUAAAAAAGUGACAGACAGGUUAUUCUGAAACAAAAUUGGCCCAGACAACAUCCCUGUGACAGGAUAUUCACACUGAUGUUCAUGGUAUCCUGAUACGGGUAGUGUUUCCAAAUUACAGUGUGUGUCAUCAUCUUUUUAUUUUUGCUUCUUUUAAUUCACCUGGAUAUAUGCCUUAUUAAUCUGGUUUUCCAUACCCAUCAUCAUUUCAGUAUUUUUUUUUUUUUUUUUACUUAAGGACAGAGAUGUAAUUUCAUUAUCCAAGUCAAGCAGUUUUAUUCUCUCGCAGAUGUGCUUUAUGGUGGCUGCCAUUAGUCAGGAUGAGGCAAUAACAAAAUAUUCGAGGAGGUUGUAAUGUACUUUACAACAUGUUGAAACCAGAAGAGAUUUCCACCCCAACAAUCUGCAGCACAUUGCCUAUGAAACAAACAAUUCUUUUUUCAUUUUUAACUCACAAGCCUUUGAAUAGCAAUGCUCUGGGUUGGUUUGUCCUGGAAAGGCGGUGUGCAGUGUUUGAUUACAUUUAAUCAAGACGGGCAUCAGUGUGAUGCUUCUCAAUUCUGUGUAGAAUUUGUCUACAACAAGGCAACCAAGUGCCUGAUACAUAGCAUCAAGCAAGCAUGGCUAACUAAAACCUGAUUAGCAGAAGGAAUUGGUAAAGUAGGAUCUGGAAGUAUGAAGCUUGUUGUCUACCAGUCAUGCAGAAUUUGCUUGUCUUGCUUGAGCAGACUGUUCUUUUGUUCUUCUUCCCCUUUAU